AAAGUAACAAAUAAAAUGAGCGGAAAGAAAACAGAAGGGCCAUGAUCAGGUGGUCUCAAGUGAUGGAGAAGCUCAGCUUGCCAUUUCGCGGCGGACAGAAGUGAUUUUAGAAAGAAUCUCCUUGUAAACCUGGGUUUAUUUGCAGCGGGUGUUUGGGUGGCAAGAAACCUUUCAGACUUUGACUUGAUGUCUCCUCAGCCAUUCACGUAACGUUAUUUCCCAAUCCACAAAAAAAAAUUUUAACAGG